AUGUUUCCCGAGAAGUUGACAUGUUUGAAUGAGCGUAAUAAAUACCCAAACAAAACUAUCUAAAAUGGCGGCAACCAGUGUGAUGAAUGGCGUGAGUUCGAUGCCGACUUCAUUGUCGGAAAUUGAACAGAUUUAUAGAAAAUUAGAGCAGGGAACUGACCUUUUGAAACUAUACUUGAAAAGAAAACCAGAAAGACGAACUUUUUGUGUGAAACUUGAAACUCGGCAGAUAAUUUGGUUACGACAUGUAGCUGGACGUAAUAUUAUUGAAGGAGCUGUUGAUUUACGUGAAGUAAAAGAAGUUCGAAUAGGCAAAAACUCGAAAGCUUUUGAGCGCUGGCCAGAUGAAACUAGGAAAUAUCAAAACAAUGAGUGUUUUCUUGUUUUGUAUGGCUCUGGAUUUACUUUAAAGGCUUUAUCGUGUGUUGCUAAAAAAGAUGAAUGUGAACUGUGGGUUAAAGGUAUCCGCCAUCUUGUUGCAGAAAGCAAAAAUGCACCAUAUCCUUUGCUGGUUGAGCGUUGGCUUCGAAAGGAAUAUUACAGCAUGGAAAACCUAAGAGGAGUGAUUACUAUUAAAGAUCUGAAAGCAUUUUUACCAAAGAUAAAUUUGAAAUUACCUACUAAUCGUCUUAAAGAAUAUUUUCAGGUAGGUGAUAAAUUCAGUAUGCAUGUGAAAGAUAAAAA